AUGUCACCUUCGGGUCAACAUCAUUUUGGGCCAAUCAGAGAGCACAACGCAGUACCAUUUGUGCCCAAUGUGCCGGGUAUUCCACCAUUCCAGCAAAUGAGUUCCCCAGAGACCGUUGGGGGUCUUGUCUGGGGGACUGCGGCACAACCAGUUCCGUAAGUCGGGGAAUUUAUUACCCUUCCUCUGAUCCCUAUUUUCUCAUUCAGCGGAGAACACAUUCCACACCAAGCACGCUCUGAAAGCCCAUGGACCAUGACCGCUAAAUAA